UGCAGGGACAGAACGUUUCUGUUUUCAACUUCCGCCCGAGGAUUCAAGCUUCCACCGGAAGUGUGCUUGUUCUCUUUUACCAGGGCCGAUCCAACAUGGGACGAGUCAGGACCAAGACGGUGAAAAAGGCUGCCAGGGUCAUCAUCGAAAAAUACUACACCCGGCUGGGAAAUGACUUCCACACCAACAAGAGGGUGUGCGAAGAAAUAGCCAUCAUCCCCAGCAAGAAGCUCCGCAACAAGAUCGCUGGGUAUGUAACACAUCUGAUGAAGAGGAUUCAGAGGGGUCCAGUCAGAGGAAUCUCCAUCAAACUGCAGGAGGAAGAGAGAGAGAGGAGAGACAACUAUGUACCAGAGGUGUCUGCUUUGGACCAGGAGCUGAUUGAAGUUGAUCCCGACACCAAGGAGAUGCUGAAGCUGCUGGAUUUUGGCAGCCUGUCCAACCUGCAGGUCACCCAACCUACUGUCGGCAUGAACUUCAAGCAGCCCCGAGGAGUCUAAGCUCUGUACAGUAUCUUCCCAAUAAAAUCCAUUUGGGACAAAGA